CGCCCCUCCUCCACGAGCUGACCUUCCAGGCCAUGGCCUACGACCUGUUGCCCAUCGAGAACGAUGUCUACAAAUUCGAGGCCACGUCUGGGAACGAAGUGCGCGACAAAGAGGUGAUACUCGACGAGAACGACGAAAUAUGGGCCGAACUCCGGCACCAACACAUCGCACUCGUCUCGCAGAACGUCACCAAACAGCUCAAGAAGUUCAUCGACAGUAAGCGCAUGUCGACCAACGAUAAGACCUCAAUGAAGGACUUGUCGCAGAUGAUCAAGAAGAUGCCGCAGUACCAGAAGGAGCUGUCGAAGUACGCCACGCACCUACACCUCGCCGAGAGCUGCAUGAAGUCCUAUCAGGGCUACGCCGACAAGUUGUGUCGCGUGGAGCAGGACCUGGCGAUGGGCACCGACGCCGAGGGCGAGAAGAUUAAGGACCCGAUGCGCAACAUUGUGCCCAUUCUUCUGGACCAAGCGGUCAACAUAUUCGACAAGAUUCGCAUAAUCUUGUUGUACAUCAUCUCGAAGAAUGGCAUCUCGGAGGAGAACUUAGCCAAACUGAUCCAGCACGCACAGAUACCACCACAGGACAAGACCAUCAUCACCAACAUGUCCUACUUGGGCAUCAACAUCACCACCGAUGCCGGGCGCAAGAAGGUGUAUCAGGUGCCCCGCAAAGAGCGCAUCACCGAACACACGUACCAGAUGUCCCGGUGGACGCCCAUUGUCAAGGACAUGAUGGAGGGUCUUAUUGAACGCUUUAAUACGUGUAUUAAACGCAUUGUUCUUCGCCGUCAGAACGCCAUCGACGACAAGUUGGACGCCAAGCACUUCCCAUACCUGACGGGCCACUCGGCGCCGGCCAACUUCGGACGCCCGGCGCCAACGAGCAUGAGGUACGGCCACUGGCAUAAGGACAAGAACGCGCUCAACAUCAAGAACGUGCCGCGACUGUUGAUCUUCAUCAUCGGCGGCAUGUCCUACUCGGAGAUGCGGUGCGCCUACGAG